AUGCCAUCAUCAACAUCAAGCGCAGGCUCACAUAAGAGCUCGAAAUCAACGUAUCGAAAGAUCUCCGAUAAGCCAGUAGUGGAUGAAACAUUGUUUGGAAACUCGUCUAAAAAGAGUUCCUCCAACAAUGCUGGUAUCGGUGAUAAAGUAAAAAGAAAAGGAGAUACAGUCGUUAUUACCACAGCUGAAUUUGCAAGUCUCAAAGAGAAGUCGGUCCCGAUUGAAAAACAAAGAGAGUUGGAACGAAAGCAGCGAGAAGAGUCUCAAGAAGCAAAAGAAAGAAAAGAGAGAAUGAAACAAUUGGAUAAGGAAAAGAUACUCAAGGGAGAACGAAAAAUGUCAGAUCUAGACAUUGAAAACCAGGAGAAGCAAUUAAUGAUGCUAGAAAAAGCUGUUUCUCAAAUGGAUGAAAAUUUGGAUGAGGUGAAGCGAAUGAACAGCAUGGCUCUUUAUUCCCAAUGUGUCACAAUUAGGGACAAACAGCUCGAAGAGAAGCAAAGAAUUUUAAAAGAGAAGCAAGAGGCAGAAAGGUUGCAAGAUGAAGCUAUGGAAUUGGAAAGACUGAAGGCAAUUAAAAUGUAUGAACAACGAGAAAAGAAAAGACAAGAAGACAGAAGGAAUGGGGCUCUUAUAAUUAAAGAACAAAUGAAGGAGCGAGAAAAAGAACGAUUAAGAGAACUUGAAUUGAAGAGACAGGAACAAGAAGCAAUGUUAUCUCACAUGCAAAACAUGAAGGCUGAAGAUGUAAAAGAAGCAGAAGAAAAGCGAAAACAAGAGAAGCAACUUAUGGAAGAGAUUGCCCUUGCAAACGCUGAGCAGAUUCAACUCAAGAGACGUCUUAAACUUGCAGAGAUGGAAGAAGAUAGACAAAUUGCUGAGUAUUUAGCAGAAAAAGAGAGAAAAGAACAAGAAUUUGCAAGACAACAAGAACAAUUGAAAGCAGAAAAAGAACGAGAAGUUGCUCGAUUACGAGCUAUGCAAGAAAAAGCUCAAGACAAACAAUCAGAAAUUGAUGCAUUACGAGCAAAAAGAGCUCAAGAAGCUCUCGAAAGAGAAUACCGAAGAAAGGAAAGAGAAAAUGAGGAAAAAAGAGUCAAAAUGAAUCAAGAGCUGCAUCAAGCAAGACAAAAGCAAAAGUACGAAAAAGAGCUAAAGAUUGCUGAGCUAGCCAGAGAGGACAGAGAUGGUUUUAAUAGUGUAGUAGAACAUCAGAAGAAAGUGGAAGAACUUGAAAAGCUAAAGAGCGAAGAGGAGAAGAAACGAAAGAAGGAAACUCAACAACAGGUGUUGCAUCAAAUUGAAAGCAUUAAGGAGUCUAAGGAACGACAGCGCAGAGAAUAUUUGGAGGAAGGAGAAUUAUUGAAACGAAAAAUGGAGCUGGAACGAAAGAAGGUUGAGUUAUUAAGGAAAAAGAAGCUACAUGAAUUGUUGGAGACUGGAAUCCCUGAAAAGUACACUGGUAAAAUUGCAACUACUGAUUUCACAAUAGAAAAGCUUCGAUCACCACUCGGUGACGUCCCAACUGCUAAACCAGCUGCUCCAGCCAAGAAAUAA